ACAGAAGGGUCUACAGAAGCCCCACUUAUAGGAAAGCAGAGAAGGGAAAGCAAGCCACGGUGAGAACUACUGCCAGUCACUGCAGACUCCCACUCCGAUAACUUCUUCCCACAUCUCCCCAGAGAUCAUGGACGAGGACAAAUGAGAUGAGCUUGAUUUCUCUGCUUUGAUAUGCAAUCCUGCAACGGACCUGCAAAGAAGAACAACCUCAUGCUUUCCUGAUGCGUUUUAACGUAGGUACCAGAUCUUGGAUCUGUGGGAUAUAAAGAUGCUGAACAGCAUUUUGUUGCUGAGUGUUAUAUCAGUGACUGCGAUCUUAAAGACAGAGAGUCGUAAAACUGCCAAAGACAUAUGCAAGAUUCGCUGUUUGUGCGAGGAAAAGGAAAAUGUGCUAAAUAUCAAUUGCGAAAACAAAGGCUUUACCAGUGUCAGUUUACUGCUUCCACCACAGUCUAGAAUAUACCAGCUUUUCCUUAAUGGCAACUUACUAAGCAGGCUGUACCCGAACGAGUUUGUCAAUUACUCCAAUGCAGUGACUCUACAUCUAGGCAACAACGAGCUGCAAGAAAUCAGGACUGGAGCUUUCAACGGGCUAAAGACACUGAAAAGAUUGCAUCUAAAUAAUAACAAAUUAGAAGUAUUAAAAGAAGAAACUUUCCUGGGCCUUGAGAGUCUUGAAUAUCUCCAAGCAGAUUACAAUUUCAUCAGUGUCAUUGAAGCUGGGGCUUUCAGCAAACUGAAUAAAUUAAAAGUAUUGAUACUGAAUGACAAUCUUCUGCUUUCUCUACCAAACAACGUCUUUCGCUUCGUACUUUUAACCCAUUUGGAUCUGAGAGGUAAUAGACUUAAAAUGCUGCCCUUUGCUGGUGUCCUUGAACACAUUGGUGGGAUCAUGGAGAUUCAGCUUGAGGAGAACCCUUGGAAUUGUACUUGUGAUUUGAUUCCACUGAAAGCAUGGCUAGAUACCAUUACAGUAUUUGUAGGGGAGAUUGUCUGUGAGACCCCCUUUAGGCUUCAUGGGAAAGAUGUCACUCAGCUUACCAGACAAGAUCUGUGCCCCAGGAAAAGUGCCAGUGAUACAAAUCAAAGGUCUGUUCACCCAGCUUUUCCAGAUACUCGUGUACAAAGGAUGCCUCCAACAUUUAACCCUGCAGUAACCCCAACCAGACCUCCCAAGGCCAGCAGACCUCCGAAAACUAGAAACAGACCCACUCCUAGAGUAACAGUGUCCAAAGAUAGGCAAAUCUUUGGGCCUAUCAUGGUUUAUCAAACCAAGUCUCCAGUUCCUCUAAGCUGUCCUGAAACUUGUGUUUGUACCUCACAGACCUCUGACAGUGGCUUAAAUGUUAAUUGCCAAGAGAGGAAAAUCAGCAACAUAUCUGAUCUUCAACCUAAGCCCAGCAGCCCAAGGAAAUUCUACCUGACUGGCAAUUAUUUGCAAACUGUUUAUAAAACUGAUCUUCUUGAAUUUAGCUCCCUGGAUUUGUUACAUUUAGGAAAUAACCGAAUUGCAAUUAUACAGGAAGGUGCCUUUUCUAACCUCACAAGUUUACGUAGACUUUACCUUAACGGCAACUACCUUGAAGUACUCUACCCCUCUAUGUUUGAUGGUUUGUUCAGCUUGCAAUACCUUUAUUUAGAGUACAAUGUAAUUAAGGACAUUUUCCCACGUACAUUUGAUGCCCUGAGCAAUCUCCAGCUCUUGUUCCUAAACAACAAUUUGCUGAGAUCACUUCCUGACAACGUAUUUGGUGGCACAGCCCUGACAAGGCUUAAUUUAAGAAACAAUCACUUUUCUUACUUGCCUGUAAAGGGAGUUCUUGAUCAGCUCACUGCCUUCAUCCAAAUAGAUCUCCAGGAAAACCCUUGGGAUUGUACAUGUGAUAUUUUAGGUCUUAAGAACUGGAUUGAGCAAUCAAGUUCAACUGUGGUUGUCCAAGAAGUAACCUGUGAGUCACCACUGAAACAUGCUGGGGAGCAUUUAAGGAUUAUGCCUAAGGAGACAAUCUGUCCAGAAAACCCACAUUUAGCUGAUGCCACUAUGUUAUCAUUUAAUCAUAAAUCCCACACACCACAUCCUUACAGUGUAUCACCAACCCCCUACCCUGAAUUGCACUCAGAGGUUCCACUGUCAGUGUUAAUUUUGGGAUUAUUAGUCGUUUUUAUCCUGUCUGUGUGCUUUGGGGCUGGGCUUUUUGUCUUUGUACUCAAAAGAAGGAAAGGGGUACAGAGUGUUUCAGGCAGUAGUGCAAACAAUUUAGAUCUCAGUUCUUUUCAGCUCCAGUAUAGUUCAUACAAUCCCAGUUCCAAUGACAAAACUGAGGCUCAUGUGUACAACUACAUACCACCACCGGUUGGGCAAAUGUGCCAAAAUCCAAUCUACAUGCAAAAAGAAGGAGAUCCUGUUGCUUAUUACAGAAACCUACAAGAGUUUAGCUAUAGUAAACUGGAACACAAAAAGGAAGAUCCAACUGCAUAUACAAUAAGCACAACUGACCUGCUGGAAAAGUCCUCCACCCCAGCAGAACCAGAACUUUUGUACCAGAACAUUGCAGAGAGGAUAAAGGAGCUGCCCAGUGGAGGGGUAGUUCAUUAUAACUUUUGCACCCUGCCCAAAAGGCAGCUUAUGCCUGCCUAUGAGUCGAGGCGUCAGAAUCAGGACAGGAUUAAUAAAACUGUUUUAUAUGGCACCCCCAGAAAAUAUUUUGCUGAACAAUCUAAACAGGAGCAUCUUUUUCUUCAAGGAAAAAUGCAGUCAGAGCCAGAUUACCUUGAGGUUUUGGAAAAGCAAACUGCAAUAAGUCAGCUGUAGGCAACAUUUCUCAACAUUGCUACAAGCUUACUGGUUAUAUGAAGUGUGAGAAGCAAUUGUGCAUACACUGUAUGCCUUUUUUAUGUUACACAGGUAUAGAUACAUUGCAUUACCAUCAGUUUUGAGAACAAUGUAUCUUAUUUUCUUUUAAUGUUUAUUCUUUUUAAAUUAUUUCUUUAUUUUACUUUUAGAAGCAGUCUCCUUUAAAUGAAUGUUUGCUUUUAUUACCAUUGUUUUUAUCUUUACUUUUAAAUUUUGGUUUAAAUAAGAUUGAAUUUGAUUUAAUGUUCUAAACAGUAGAAGAUCUCCAAAGAUCUCAGCGAACUGAACUUUUCUAUGUAAAUAACAUUAUGUUUUAAAUCAACUACCAACUGCAGCCACUGGGCGUCACUUGUUUGAGUUAAAGUGCCUUUGCACUUUAAAUAACCGAAAAUUUAGCUUUUAGCUUUUAUACCAUGGAUAUAUUUUAAUGUGCAGUAUUUCUGAAAGAGAAAAAUAUAUUAUAUAUAUAUAUAUAUAUAUAUCCCCCAAAAUAAGAGGUCACUUUUGUAUUUUACAUUGCAUUGAUAAAAAGUAUUGAUUUUACAGGGCAAGGAAUUUAAAAACAAUAAAGAAAUGUUUAAAA